AUGCUAGAGCCUAUCUCCUUCUCCCUCAGGUCCGGUGAUGGCACUCUAUCCGUGUUCGUCGCGGCAGGGUGGAUUGCUCUGAUCUGGUACGCAUUCAUCCUGGGAGUGUGCAGCUUAGGAUAUUUCCAGAUAUGGAAACAUUUCCUAAGCCAACCCCAUCGGUCCCGCCUAGUGAACGCCGCCGACGUACCACACGUCACCGUCAUCCGUCCUGUCAAAGGUCUCGAGCCACACCUCUAUGACUGUCUCGCUGCCACGUUCCGACAAGACUACCCGUACGACAAGCUCACUAUAUGUCUGUGUGUAUCAACACGCGAUGACCCCGCCUACCCUACUCUCCGCAAGCUGAUCGCCGAUUUCCCGGCCGUCGACGCACGGGUUUUCAUCGAAGAUGAGGAUCCACUCUUGCAGGAUGAGACUAAUACGUACAGGCUCGGUCCGAAUCCCAAGAUCCGGAAUAUGAGCCGUGCAUACCGCGAAGCGAAGGGCGAUAUUGUCUGGAUCAUCGACUGCAAUGUCUGGGUUGGAAAGGGCGUCUGUGCUCGCAUGGUCGAUAGAUUGUGCGGUACCGGCGCAACACCAGGCAAGAAGUACAAGUUCGUGCACCAUCUGCCCGUGGCAGUCGAUGUGACGGGGGAAAGUAAUUUCCGUGCAGAACGACAGGCGCUCUUGGAUGCCAGCUCGCAGACGGUGGAUGAUGCCGCGACUGCGAUGUCUUCUGUUCGUCCGGAGGACGGGCCUGCUGCUAUGAUUGCCACUGGAGGUGGUCGGUUGGAGGAGCUGUUCCUCUCCUCUGCGCAUGCGAAGAUGUACACCGCCAUCAACACUGUUCUCGUUUCACCCUGCAUUGUGGGCAAAUCCAACAUGUUCCGUCGGUCCCAUCUCAACUAUCUCACCAGUUCUCCGUCCGUGGAGGGUGAGCCUCGUCAACCAGGAAUUGAUUUCUUUUCUGAUAAUAUCUGCGAAGAUCAUCUGAUUGGUGAUCUGCUGUGGAAAAAGCAGGUGCGGGAAGAGAAGGAGCUCCGAGAACGUUGGGGAAAACAUGCAAUGGUCUUCGGUGAUCUGGCUAUUCAGCCUGUUGCUAAUAUGAGCGUGCCAGCAUACAUCGCCCGCCGGGUCCGGUGGCUGCGUGUCCGCAAGUUUACCGUCCUGCUCGCCACACUUGUCGAACCGGGCACUGAGUCACUUCUAUGUACCAUCUACGGUGCGUUUGGUAUCACGACUGCAUUGGCGCCACACCUUGAGAAGAGGGGUGUUCGAUUUGCCUCAGAGCUCGGGACGUGGACCGCCUUCUUCCUGCUGUUCGCUUUUGGUAUGAUCUCCUGGGUCCUGGUCGACUGGACCUUGUAUAUCAAGCUUCAUUCCGCAAGAUGUAUUGAAGUAGACAAGGACACACCACUUUUUGCGCGGCCUCAGCGCUCCCAGUCAUCUCAAGCCACACGACGUCCAUUUAUGCAGUGGUUUGGCGCCUGGCUUGGUCGAGAAUUGCUUGCCCUGCCAAUCUGGAUUAUGGCUGUGUACGGCGGUGUGACGGUCGUAUGGCGAGACCGACGUUUCAAGGUUGGCUUCGAUGCCAAAGUUCGGGAGAUCGAUCCGGCCACUCCGCGGUCUGUGGGAGGUCCAUCUUCCGCUAGAAUUGCGGGCAAAGUCCGCAGUGAUUGA